UACAGCGCAUGUGUCGAAGCCUCGGGUAUCAGAGGACCAUCACUAGUUCCUGGUGGGGGAUUUAGAAGUGUUCCUUUUUGAGCUAAAGUAACUCAGUGGGGCUCAUGUAACGCCGGUAUCCACUGAGUUACAGUGAGAAUGUGAAGACGUGCGGUGUAGCUAGCGGCUUUAGCGGCUGUAGGAGCUGCCGCUCUGAGACGCAGUCGACAUGUUUACAACCAACAUGGAAACAAAAAGAGUGGAGAUCCCCUCCGGCGUGCUGGACGACCUCUGCAGCCGGUUCAUCCUGCACAUCCCCAGUGAAGAAAGGGACAAUGCAAUCCGACUGUGCUUCCAGAUCGAGCUGGCCCACUGGUUCUACCUGGAUUUCUGCAUGCAGAACACUCCAGGAGCGCCUCACUGUGGGAUAAGAGACUUUGCCAAAGCUGUCUUUCAUCACUGCCCAUUUCUGUUACCUCAUGGAGAGGAUGUGCAGAAAGUUCUUGAGCAGUGGAAGGAGUACAAGAUGGGUGUACCUACUUACGGGGCAAUCAUUCUUGAUGAAUCACUAGAAAAUGUACUGCUUGUUCAGGGUUACCUUGCAAAAUCAGGCUGGGGGUUUCCAAAGGGCAAAGUUAAUGAGGAUGAAGCUCCUUAUGAUUGUGCAGUUCGUGAAGUGUUGGAGGAGACAGGCUUUGACAUCAAGAAUCGCAUCUGCAAAGACAUGUACAUUGAGCAGAAAAUCACUGACCAGCUAGUGCGGCUCUACAUCAUACCAGGAGUAUCCAAGAACACAAAGUUCAACCCUAAAACAAGGAAAGAAAUCCGGAACAUCGAAUGGUUUCCUAUUGAGAAGCUGCCCUGUCACAGGAAUGACAUGACCCCAAAGUCUAAACUUGGAUUGGCCCCAAACAGGUUUUUUAUGGCCAUUCCAUUCAUAAGACCACUGCGAGAAUGGAUUAGCCAACUGAGAGGAGAGUCAACAGACAGUGAUGAGGACUUGGCAAACAACAGCAAUAGUCCAUCUAAGCCUUCAGACAAUGUUCGGUCAAAAUCGCGCCAGCUUGCAGGGACUGAAGUAUUCCCCGGAGAGAGCUGGACAAAACAAAAGCAGCAGAAGACUCUGGGCCAACUGAGCCAGUAUGAACUGAACCAGAAACCGAAUUUGAAAGGCAACGGGAAGAAAAGCCAGGACUCGCCUUACUCAAAGAAAGGAGCCAGUGACAGUGCAGCCAACAACCAGCAGAAGGAAGAUACAAAGCUUCAACCCAGAAGACUACAAGACAGUUUUGAGAGAGAUGUGGCUUCAGACACCUUCAACAGUCAUCAAACAGUUGACAGCAGAGACUGUGAGCGCCUGCUGUCCUCCAAGACUUUCCUAAAUUUCAAAUUUGACAGAGAUGCCAUCAUGAAAUGUUUUGACUACUAAAUGGUUGCCAGUGCUCUGUGCCUCUCCUGUAAUAACAAACCGUGAUUUCUAUUUUAUCUUACAGCCCAGGCAAGAAUGUUACUGAAGAUGCGUUUUCUCUUCUUCAUUUGUUUGUUUUGAACUCGCAUUACCAAGGGAAGCUGCCAAUCUGUCAUUGACCAUAUAGAGUAAGCUUUACUGUAGUUGGCCUUUGUUGCACAAACUUUCUGAUCUUUUAAAACAGAUAGCAAUCUAACAGCAGUGCCGUUACUCUGUCAAUAGCGGAAUCCUAACUUUACUUUUUGAAAGGUUCAGUAUGCAGGAGAAACAAUUAGACCAAAAGACGAUGGCUCAGGUUAACCACUAGUCUUUGUUUUGUGAACAUAAUGGAUUUUAAGCACAUUUACACUGACAUACAAGGUUAAAAAAAAAAAAUCAACAAUGGUUGCUUAGUAAAUUUUGCCAGUGAAUCAGCAUUAAAUUCAUUGUGUUAUAUAUUGAUUUUAAAAUGUAAUUUCCUCAGUUCUUUCAAUUGAGUCCCAUAAAUUUUUUGGGAUGCUGAGUAAAUAUGGGUUUUAACAGUGUUAUUGGCUACAUUCAUCUACAGGUUUAUUUUGUUACUUUCACCAACAUCACUAAAGGUUUUAUCCACAAAUGUAGAAUGUAAUAACAUACAUAAUAUUAUCCCUAUGUUAUUUAUUACAUUAUUGACCUGGGAAAGGAAGAACAAGAUGUCUUUGCAGCUUCAUCUUUCCAAAUUGAAUGUCAUUAAAUUCAUGUUACUUACUCAAAAUCCAAAUUCCAUUCACAAAUAAAUUUCAGUUUACUCAGCAGCCCCCCAAAAGUAAAAAGUCGCACAUUAUUGAAAACGGAACACAUCUUACAUUUACAUCAGAAGCUAAUAAACUCAGGAGCAGACUGGAAUAACAGUCAAUGGAAUUUUUGUUAGUACUUGUGCGUUUUCAAUCGGCUAUAUGAAAAUUGUCUUUUAAAAAUGUUAUUUUGUAUAUAUUCCACACACAAAAGAAAAUGAAAUCCCAAAUUGAUUAGUAGAAUUUUAAUGUUUGUAGUGAGAGAUUUCCAUAAAUGCUGUGAUUGGCCUUUAAGACAUCCCCGUCUACCUGGUUUUUGGCAUCCUGAAAUGUCUAGCCUGUUCUUUUCUGCAAACAAACCACUUACAGAUUGAAAUACUGGUUCAGGUCUCUCAGAUUAAAAGUUCACAAUAAUUUUUUCAUGAUGUAAUGGUUGGCUGCUAUCGUGUCUGAUUGGCAUUAAAACUGGCAGACUUUGAGGCUUUAAACUAUGGUAAAGGGCCACUUCAUUACACCGUUGAGUAUAAAAGAUUAUUCUCAAAAAUGUUGCAAAUGACUCCCUUAAAAGGCAACAUUAAGGGAUUUCUAACCCUUAGGUCUUAAAACAUAAGUGAGGGCAAUUGUCAUAGAAUGAGUAACUGUUACUGAACUAAAAGUAAUAGUUUCUCAACGGGGUGUCCUAGAUAUUCAUACACGUGCAUUGUUUGUCACUGAGGUUUUUUGUAACUGAUUAUUCAGAACGGGGUCUCAAGUUGUGCUUUGGUUUCAGUGAUGUUUUGACUUUAAAUGUGAAUAUUAAUAAAGUUUGUUUUUCACUCUCA